ACGGUUGCCUUCCCCUUCCUUGAACUCAGCCAUUUUAGCUUUCUAAUAAUAACAAUGCAAGAACAACAACUACCGGCCAUUAUCGUCGGAGCUGGACCCUCGGGCCUGGCCACCGCCGCUUGCCUUAACCUCCACUCAAUCCCUUACAUCAUCCUCGAAAGGGAAGACUGUUUUGCUUCAAUUUGGAAGAAAUAUUCCUACGAUCGUCUCCACCUUCACUUAUACAAACAGUUCUGCGAGCUUCCUCAUUUCCCGUUCCCCGAUUCGUACCCUCGAUUCGUCUCAAAAGAUCAGUUCGUAAGCUAUUUAAACGGAUACGUUUCUUGUUUUAAGAUCACCCCUUUGUACCGCCGUUGCGUGGAGUUGGCGGAGUUCGAUGAAGAGACCGAGAAAUGGAUCGUUAAGGCCAGGAAUUUGGAUUCUGAUGAGGUCGAGGAGUUCAAAGGGAAGUUCUUGGUCGUGGCUAGUGGUGAAGCAUGCGACGCUUAUACGCCGGAGAUUGAUGGAUUGAAAUCGUUUCCCGGUCUCAUUCUUCAUUCAACUCGGUUCAAAAAUGGGAAGGCGUUUACGAAUAAGAACGUUUUGGUCGUCGGAUCGGGUAAUUCCGGCAUGGAGAUCGCGUUAGACCUUGCGAAUCACGGCGCGAAAAGCUCGAUCGUCGUUCGCAGCCCGGUUCACAUACUUUCGAGGAAAAUGGUGUACUUGGGAUUGACUCUGUUGAAGUAUAUUCCAUUAAAGGUGGUGGACUCACUGAUGAUCAUGCUUAGCAAGCUUGUUUACAGGGACUUAAGCAAGUAUGGUAUUAACAGGCCUAAAGAAGGUCCACUUUUCAUGAAAAUUGCAUAUGGCAAGUACCCUGUUUUUGAUGUUGGAACCUAUGGCAAGAUCAAGUCACGGGAGAUUCAGGUUUUCCCAGCAAUAUCGAGUAUAAGAGGCAAUGAGGUGCUGUUCGACAACGGCAAAGCACAUGCCUUCGACACAAUUGUGUUCUGCACUGGCUUCAAGAGGUCCACACAUAUCUGGCUAAAGGAUGAUGAUUACCUGCUGAACGUUGAUGGGAUUCCAAAACCGAGUUUCCCGAACCAUUGGAAGGGAAACAAUGGAUUGUACUGCGUGGGGUUGUCGAGAAGAGGAUUGUAUGGAGCAAGCUCUGAUGCACAAAACGUUGCCAAUGAUAUCAAUUCCCUUCUCAAACGAUUCAGUCCUUCUGUAUAAG